AUGGUAGGGACUGGGGGACCAGGCCAAGGCGCACAUAACCAAAGGUCGGCAAAAAGGCAAGUAAGGACAAAACAAGGAAGUAUAGGACAGCCGCGGACCCCACCGGGGCCGGAAUGGCACUACGAUUCGCUGGCCGUGCACAACGUCUACCCACGGGUGCGGGAGCGGUUCCGACGCAAAGAGCGAAGGGCCAGCGGGGUGAAACCACUGCCAAGCCGACUCACCGCCAAUACAAGCGGCUCUCAAACACACAGCCGCUCAACAUUGCAAACGAUAAAGAAGCCGGCCACUACCGGCCAGUACACCCCCUACGCGCCACGAGAUCGCAUAUCAGCGCGGCAGCUCCGCCAUUAG